AGUACGGAUUACGAAUAAAAAUACAAAUGUAAAAAUUAUACAUUUCAAGUUACGGUGUGCAUGUAGUUAAAUAGUGUGAAAUAUAAAUUAUUCAUAAAGACCUUGUUUUAUUUACUACGUAGAUAAUCAUGACAUUGUAUGGUGGUACUAAUAAUCGCUAAUUAUGGCACGUAAUUGUUAGAUAUCACCUACCGUUACGGUAAUAACAUAGAACGAAUCAUCAUUUCUGACGCCUUGUCAACGCCCAGAUAAGCGAUGAGUUAUAUCAAUGUAAUGUCUUCUUGAUUUAGAUACUAGAGACUUUCAGUGAAGUACCUACUUUACAAAAUGUUGGUCGUGUAUCUUAUAACAUUUGUUUUAUACCACAGUGGAAAUUGUUUCAAAAUCUUACCCACAACGACAUAUAAUGAAAACAUUUUUCAAUGUGUAACAAGUAUCAUCCAUAAGUAUUUCACAGAAGGGAGCGUUAUAACGCAUGUGGGGAAUAACGUUGACGACAGGGAACUCUUGCAAGCUAUUAACAACGCUAAUAUUAUAACCAUGGUAUCGCGACAGGCACCGAUAAAGCUGAUCAUACCACACGAAGCUUACCUUAUAUCAGCCUAUAACGCAUCUCAUUUCGCUAAAAAUUUCAAAAAGUUAACUCGCGAAUCAGCAUGGAAUCCGUUGGCCCGAUUCUUGAUUCUUGUAGAGGAGCUGAAGGAAACAGAACUUAACGUGAUCUUCGACACCUUACUGAGAUGGCAGGUCAUCAACGUGGUAGUUGUUAAAUCUACCGAAGACCCUCUCCUGUAUACAUACAAUCCUUACGAUAACUACAACUGCGGCAAACGUUAUGACACAGUUAUAAAUUAUGGUAAAUGUUCCCACGCCCACUCACUAGAUCUGUACCCAGAAAAGGCUGUUACAGGACUACGAAACUGCACUCUAGAUGUUGUGAUAUCACACUGGCCACCAUUUACUAUUGUGUAUUCUAGAGAUUCAAACAAUAUUUCGUCCGAACUUGCAAAAGGACUAGAGCCGUACUUAUUACGGCUUAUGGGUGAAACACAAGGAUUCAAAGUCAAUAUUUUGGACGAUUACGAUUCUGAAAACAUUUCUACCGUAUCUUCGGACAUGAGGGCUACCGGAACAUUGAAAAAACUACAAGAUCACGAAGUUGAUGCUGUUAUAGGUGGAAUGCUACUGAUACCGUCUCGUGCGCUGGCAUUUAGCUUUAUUGAUGGUCAUCUUGGUUACAUCGACGAGAUAAGAUUUAUUGUUAAGCGAGCCUCCUUCAUGCCGGAUUGGAAAUACCUUUAUCUAGAAUUCAAUUUAACAAUCUGGGCACUCUUAAUUCUUUGUAUCUUACUUUAUUCUGUCCUGUUAAUAUUACUACUUCGCCCGAAAGACAAGACAUAUGUGGUGUUCUGGGUAUUAGAAUCUUUAAUAUUACACGGACGGAAUGUUCGAAGUCGACAGAGCGUGAAAUAUGUUUUAAUACUGUGGGUGUGGUUCUCGUAUUUUAUGAGUACAUUCUACCAGUCCAGUCUCGUUAGUCUUACAACUAAUCCCCUCGAAGACUUUCAAAUUUCGACAGAAGAAGACAUAGCAAAGUACAAACUCAAACCCUGUUUUAGUAAAGUUAUGGGAGUAUAUUACAUAGAAUCCAUACAAUCGAAUGAUGAGUUUUUUGGCAGUGCUGAAUGUAGCGAUUUGUUAGACAGCGUCAAGUCAGUCAUGGAAUCUGAUAAUUUAUACACUAUCAUGCAGUACGGAGCAUAUUCAUAUCACAAAGAAAAGUUUUACGAUCAGUACGGUCGACCUAGGAUAAUGUCGUUACCGAAGCCAUAUUCUAAAGUGAUUUACGCUACUUAUGUAGACAAGGGAUUCCCUAUACUACACACUUUACGUUGCCAAGCAUUUCAAUUAAGAGAAAACGGUAUCGUAGCUAAGAUUCUCAAGGAUAUGUACUACCUCCAAAGGCUGAAACACAUUUUCCAGGCUAAAGAAUUUCGAGGGAGUCUGCUUAUUCCGUGGCGGGUUUAUGGAAUUGGAUACGGUAUCUCUGUAGCGAUAUUUAUUUUAGAAAUUAUAUGUCACAAUGAGAAAUAAUUUUUAUCACUUU